CUCCUUUAGGCAGCUGAAGGGGGAUUCAGGCCCGGGAGAUCCGAGUCCAUCCGCGGCGGGGAGAGGGCUAGCGGGGCCGCUGGGGCCCGGAGCAGGGGCGGCGGCGCUCGCACUGUCCCCUCCGCCCCGUAUUGAGGCGCUGGGAGGGGCGGGGCGGCCAGAAAGCCAUGGUGAAAGCGGGGCCGUGAGGGGGGCGGAGCCGGCAGCCGGACCCGCAGUAGCGGCAGCGGCGGCGCCGCCUCCCCGAGCUCAGACCCAGGAAGCGGCCGGGAGGGCAGGAGCGAGCCGGGCCCGCCGCCGCCGCCGCCGCCGCCGCCGCCAUGGAGCUCAGGGUCGGGAACAGGUACCGGCUGGGCCGCAAGAUCGGCAGCGGCUCCUUCGGAGACAUCUAUCUCGGUACGGACAUUGCUGCAGGAGAAGAAGUUGCCAUCAAGCUUGAAUGUGUCAAAACCAAACACCCUCAGCUCCACAUAGAGAGCAAAAUCUACAAAAUGAUGCAGGGAGGAGUGGGCAUCCCCACCAUCCGGUGGUGUGGGGCGGAGGGGGACUACAACGUCAUGGUGAUGGAGCUGUUGGGACCAAGCCUGGAAGACCUCUUCAACUUUUGCUCGAGGAAAUUCAGUCUCAAAACUGUCCUGCUACUUGCUGACCAAAUGAUUAGUCGUAUUGAAUACAUUCAUUCAAAGAACUUCAUCCACCGAGAUGUGAAGCCAGAUAACUUUCUUAUGGGACUGGGAAAGAAGGGCAACCUGGUCUACAUUAUAGACUUUGGGCUGGCCAAGAAGUACCGGGAUGCCAGGACCCACCAGCACAUCCCCUACCGUGAGAACAAGAACCUCACAGGGACGGCGCGGUACGCCUCCAUCAACACGCAUCUUGGCAUCGAACAAUCUCGAAGGGAUGACCUGGAGUCACUGGGUUAUGUGCUCAUGUACUUCAACCUGGGCUCUCUGCCCUGGCAGGGGCUGAAGGCUGCCACCAAGAGACAGAAGUACGAGAGGAUUAGUGAGAAGAAGAUGUCUACUCCCAUUGAAGUGUUAUGUAAAGGCUACCCUUCUGAGUUUGCCACGUACCUGAAUUUCUGCCGUUCCUUGCGUUUUGAUGAUAAACCUGACUACUCGUACCUGAGACAGCUAUUCAGGAACCUUUUCCAUCGCCAGGGUUUCUCCUAUGACUAUGUGUUCGACUGGAACAUGCUCAAGUUUGGUGCCAGCCGGGCAGCUGACGAUGCUGAGCGGGAACGUCGGGACCGAGAGGAGCGAUUGAGACACUCACGAAAUCCAGCCACCCGUGGCCUCCCUUCCACAGCCUCAGGCCGGCUGAGAGGGACACAAGAAGUGGCUCCUCCCACACCCCUCACCCCUACCUCACACACUGCUAACACCUCUCCUCGGCCUGUGUCGGGCAUGGAAAGAGAGCGGAAAGUGAGUAUGCGCCUGCACCGCGGCGCCCCUGUGAACAUCUCCUCGUCGGAUCUCACGGGCCGACAAGAUACCUCCCGCAUGUCCACCUCACAGAAUAGCAUUCCUUUCGAACACCACGGCAAGUAGCUGCACGUCUCCCCGUUGGAAGGCAGCACUGGAUUCCUGGUCGGGUGGCUCCCAGUGGUCUUCAGUCUGUCGUGCACCGAUGAGAACGCUCCUUUCUGCUCUGAAGGGCACACACAAUGCAUGGCUGAUCUCCUCUUACAAUGGCUUUCCUAGUGACACGCCCCCGGUCUAGAACCGAAACGCUAACACCGGGAGCUCUCCAGGCCACCCCCCAGUGAUGCCCGGGGGGAAACAAAAGACAAACUAGACCGACAGACUCCCAGCGCUGCUGUCGCCAGGGGCCACCCCUGAGCCCCCGCCGUGAGUGAACUCGGGUCUGACGGGGCUGGGAAGAAAAGCAGAGUGAGAGACAAUCGCAGAGAGAAUCAGACUCCCAUCCGCGGGCCUUUCAGUUCUCCCUCCAGUGGUGGUACGCCCUGCUCCCUGACGAGUCUACUGUAACUACCGAUCUUCUACUUGGUUAAGACAGUUUUGUAUCAUUUUGCUAAAAAUUAUUGGCUUAAAUCUGUGUAAAGAAAUCUGUCUUUUUAUUGUUUCUUUCUUGUCUUUUUGCGGUCUUAAAAAGACGUUGACUUUAAAGAGUCCUGAAACAGAGAUGCUGCCGUGGAGUUCGUGUAGAGUGGAGUGAGACGGGGCGUGGACCACAACGCGGAUCUCAGUGAUCUGUGCUUGGUGUCUUUGUUGUGUUGUGCGGUCUGCUGUGCAGAGGGAAUUUUCUCAUCAGAAAUUAUCACAUGUAUCCGUGUAUGUAAGUAACGUGUGUGUGCUGUGUGUCUUGUGACCUCAUUAACCUAGUUUUGGCUGUCACUCUCCCUUCCCCACCGUAAACUAAAAUGCCUGCACAACACGGACCCACUAGGAUUCUUGGAAUCGUCAGAGCAGUUAGCAAGGGCACGGCGGGUGCUUCCCGGCAGAGCAGCACUGCCACCUCAUCUUCCCAGACGUGGCAAGAAGGAGGCCGAGCACUGAAGACCACGGAAGUCGAUGCUUUGUGUGUGUGUCACUGAGCCCUCAGGAGAGGGUUGCCAACCAGGAGACAUCGGACCCCUCCCUGGGGUCGUGUGUGGUGGUUUUGGUGGUGGUCGUUGCCUCAAUGCCUUUGAAUUUGAGAAUUUUCUAAACAGACUGUAAAUAUCACCCAUGCAGAUUGACCCCUAGUCUGUGUUAACAUCUGUGUGCUCAAAACCAGGGACGUGGCCGGCCGCCCCAGGUGCCGGGUUUGCCCAGAAAGGCCAGCGGGGCCAAGGGAAUCCACUCUGAAGUGCGAAGAAGUGGGGGACUUGCAUGACCUGAUCAUCCAGCAGGGUGUGGUGUCAUGCACUCUCAUGACCUUGGUUGGGACAAAGUGAACCCCAGAGGUCAAGAAGUGGGGUGGCGCUGAGUCUUGCCACAAAGAUCCUGAGGUGGCCAGGCUCCUGGGGGUUUUCCUGAGAUGCUCUUCACUCCUCCCUUCACCCUUGUCUUGUAACAGAGGCACCAGGUGGUGGUAGCAGCCAGUAGAAAGGAGUCCCCCAUCUCGGGAAAUGAGGUGCAGUAUAUAUUCAUAGAUACUUUCAUGUUUCUUCUUUCACCCCACUGCAGAGUGUUCUGUUUGAAAACUGGGGCGCUCAUAGGAAGGUAGGGACCUAAAAGGUAUUGGCAUCUGUAAGUUCCCUUCCCACCCCCAAAGUCCCCUGGUACAGGAGUGGUGUGCGUUGAUAGUGCAGAGUGUGGCUGUCUGCUGUUUUCUGUAUCCUGAGUGGGCUAUUGUGUAAGUGUUUUGGGGUGUGGGGACUUGGCCAGGUGGGGCUGUGUCUCUGGAGUGCACAAGGAGCUUGGGUGGGUCAGAGCGAGUUUGGGGCUUUCAUUGUGGCCCCAUGCUACCUUCAGAGGUCGGCUUCCCCAUCUUGGUGAGGUGUUAGCAGCUGCAGCCCCCCCAUGUAGUGUCAGAGAUGAGACCGGGCAGCCUUCCCACAUUCUGCUUCCAGAUUUCGGCGUGAAAUUGCCGGAUUCCAUUUGGAAGGUGGGCUCUGAUCUUGAGUCCUCAGCGGUGUGCUUGUGGACGGUUGUUGUCCUCCCAGAAAUGUAGUGGAAUAUCUGUAUCAACCUGUGUAUCGGUGGCCAGUCUCUAAACUACGCGUUUGUGUGAACACUGUGUGUGUGUACUUGACCACCGUGUAAAUAAUAAAUUCAUGAUGACUUCUACCUUU